AGACGAUGGUACAUUUGUUAUACAACCUGGAAUAAAAGGAAAUACCAAAUAUCUUAUUGAUUUGUUAAAAAAGAAAUGUAUUGAAGAUGCCAAAGAAGCUAAAUCUUCAAAAUAUUGUCAAUCAUCAUCGUCAACAAUAGCAAAAUCAACAUCAUCUGUUCCAUUCAACAGUUCACCAGAAAAAAUAUCAACCAAAUUUUCUAAUUUAUCAGUUGGUCAACAUAAAACAUAUAUUAUUGAUACAUUGAAUAGCUGGUGCAAAAACAAUGAAUCAAAAUUUUAUUUAUCACAAUUAUCUUUAAUUGAAGGUCAACAUUAUUUUAUUUCGUUUUUUAAUGAUCCAAGUGGUGCGUUAAAAUGUGAUAUAAAGUGCUGUUACGAAAAAUGGUCAUCAUUAACAUUAAGGCGUGGAAAAUUUCAAUUGUCAAAUUUCUAUCGUCAUCUUCAAGAUUUAAGUAAUGUAUGUCCUGAAUUGGAAAAAAUGAUAAAUAAUCCUCAAUUACAAUUACCAUCAUCAACAAAUACUCAACUAUCAUUACCAACGUCAGAUAAUGUACCUCAGCAAGUCGUAUCACCAACUUUUAUAUCUAUUAUACCACCAUCAAAUACAACUCAACCAAAUUCAUAUUUAUCCACAGCAUCUUCGACUUCAAUAUCAACAGAUAAAGAUGAAAACAUUAUACAACAAUCAUCAUCAUUAAAAACUAAAAAACAAGUGAAAAGAAAAGUUCAAACUAUAGAAUCUUCAUAUAACACAAGAGAACCAGCAAAAAGAAUGAGAAGAAGAUAA